AUGAAUGACCGAUACACGUGUACGUGCAAAUAUGGAUAUGAGGGAACGCGCUGUGAAUCAGUUAUUAGGACAUUAGAAGACAACGAACGUCUUACCGCCUUGCAAGAUCUCAAGUUUUGGUUAGCUUUGAAUGAUAGAGAACACGAGGGAACAUUUGUAUGGACCACAAACAAUGGAAGCUACCUAUUUAAUACCGAAUCUUUUGAUGAGUCUUGCUUUGAUUAUCUUGGGGUUGAAGAUGGAACAAUUCCUUCCGAGCGACUUACUGCAUCCAGCGAGUUUAGUCCUUAUUACGGUGCUUAUCGCGGACGACUCAACACUGCAGCAGAUGGUAACUUGAAAGGAGCAUGGUCGGCUAAGUCCAAUGACAGUGAUCCAUGGAUUCAAGCCGAACUGGGUUCUUUGUCAAAAGUAACGGAGGUGAUGACACAAGGACGAGAAGAUGCCAGUGAAUGGGUGACGUCAUACGAAGUUCUCUACAUUAUUAAUGGUGAACAAUUUGAAAAAAUCAUGAACGCUAAUGGUCAAUUUGAAUGCGGUAAUAAAGUAAAUAAUGGUGGUGCAGUUGUGAUAUGGGAUCAUUAUAUCAACUGUUGA